GAAAUAUUUUCCGAGCGCCAUCUUGCUCCGUAACCGUACAAUUCGUUUCAGUGCCUGUGAAUGGACUUGUCAUAAGUGUCUUACUUAUUAAAUUUCGCCUCGCUGUCCCCGUUCCCCGUUACGCUCUCGCGAGCCCCGCGUUCCCCAAAUCCCCGGAGUGUUCGCCGCCCGCGCCCCGCAAGAAGAGCAGUACAGUUUCGCUAAAGGAAGGCGCCAACAUCUUUACCUCCGUCAGUUUACAAGUAAUUCGAGUAAUGUGCAUGCCUUGGUUUUAACUCCGAGCUUCCCGCUAUUGACUUACAGUUGUACUUCACUGAAAUUUAGUGCGCCACUAGCAAUUAUAGGCUACGUAUACAUCAAAGAUUAGUCAAGGUUUAUAGAUUUAUAGAUCUUUGAAGGACUGCGAGUCUUCGUAGAAUGUACGUUCUGUAAAUAGCUGCCUGUACCAGAUGUCUGAUACAAUGAGAAGACAAGGGCAAGACGUUAUGCAGGUGAAUCUGGCGGGUAUUAGGCGAGAUAUUAUGAAUCUUGCCCAUAAUUACAGCAAUGCGCAGAAAGCUGUACGGAAAGCCACCAGCAAUGAUCCCUGGGGUCCAAGUAGUACACUUAUGGCAGAAAUCGCCGACUUAACAUACAAUGUUGUAGCGUUUACGGAAAUUAUGCAAAUGCUAUGGAAACGAUUGAACGAUCAUGGGAAAAACUGGCGACACGUAUACAAAGCCUUAGUUCUCUUAGAAUAUCUUAUCAAGACAGGAAGUGAAAAGGUAGCGCAGCAGUGCAAAGAGAAUAUUUUUGCCAUCCAAACUUUAAAAGAUUUUCAAUACAUGGAUGGACAUAAAGAUCAAGGGAUUAACGUGCGAGAAAAAGCAAAACAAUUAGUGGCCUUAUUAAAAGAUGACGAGAGAUUGAGAAACGAGCGAGCUAGAGCACUGAAGGCGAAGGAGAGAUUUGCACAAUCGGUUAGUGGCUUCGGAAGUGAUGGUCUGGACACAAUGUCACCUGUUAGCAGCGAUUUUCAAGAUUGGGAACCCUGUCAUUUAUCCGAAUCAACGGCCAGACGUGCGACGGAAUUGGAAGCCGCAAGACCGCAAACAGUGGGCGAGGAAGAAUUACAACUGCAGCUGGCCUUGGCUAUGUCUAGAGAGGAAGCGGAGCAGGAAGAGCAAAGAAGACGGAGCGAUGACGUUAGAUUGCAGUUAGCUCUCAGUCAAAGUCAGCAAGAUUUUAAAACUCCGCAGUCCGAGAAGCAAAGCCACAUGAUGGAUUUACUCGAUGUGCAUUUGGGAGAAGCGAGUGGCUCUUCUGUACAAACUGAUCCUUGGGGGAUCCCGAUAGCAGCACCACCGCCUAGACCACAGUCUUUGGAUAUAUCUGAAUUUCACGCGUGUAAGACGCAAAAUGACCCGUGGAGCGUCCCAACAACGAGUACCACAUCACCACCUGCGGUAGAUCCGUGGACGCCUGUUCCUCCACAAAGACCAAGAUCCUCAGCUGCCACUAUCGAUCCGUGGCGUGCACCUGCCCCAUCUCCCGCUACAGUCGCAUCUCCUCCGCGUACCAAUGACCCUUGGUCACCAGUUCCGUCUACUGCGACUACCACUACUACUGCUACUACUACCAUUACCGAAUCGGAGACGAACAAACUGCAGACGGCUCAAGAUGGCAUGACGUCCCCGUCGCCAUCCUUCAACAAUUCAAACUUGACGCAUAAUAUCGGCUUCGCGGUAUCGUCGUCUCAGAAUAUAGGUUUCAAUUUACCGCCGGCAUCUUCGGCCGCUACCACCUUCAGCACUAGCAACGGUUUCAACGGCACGGGGCCGGGCUUCAACAACUUUCCCGCUCAGAACAACGGUAACGCCGCCGCGACGAGUCCCCUCAGCGAUUUAGACGAAUUCGACGUGAUUACUAAUAGAGGAAAACUCGGGGCUAGUCCGCAGACGGUGAACAACGGUGGUUCGACAUCAUCGGGAGGAGAUCCCUUCGAUCUGGGUGGCAUGGCUGAAACCCUCCCCGCCAGCACCGGUGCUGUGAAGAAGACACCGCAAUCCUUCUUAGGAGAGAACUCGGCGCUCGUCAAUUUGGAUAAUCUUGUCAGCGCUUCGGCGAUUAAGCCGUCGGCUCCUGCGCCAGCGGUAACCAUGUCAUAUUCAGCAAAUCCAUUUGCAACUGUGACGCCACCACCCCGUCCUACAAUCAAUCAGAUUCGACAGGAUCCAUGGACAGCGAACACAACUACUACGGCUAAUCCGUUCCUCUCGUAGCCUGAUCGAUCAAUCGAUCGGAAACUACGUAAUCACUGCGAAACGUGAUCCGCAGUUCUACAUGUACUAUUACGGUAUAGAUUUCGGUUAACGGUAAAAGAAAAUAUGAUUUAACUUAUGUAGCAAUUGUGGGUAGGGACAGACGUGAGUAAGACCAAUACAAAGAGAGGGCGAAGGAAACACAUCCCCAUCAAGAGAAUUUUUAUCGAUAACUUGAAACAUACACAUUAAUUUUCGACGAGUUGUAUUGCAGCGCUCAUUGUACAAGUUUGUUUUUUUUCUAAUUUUCCUUUUGCAUGUACCACUCGCUUCUUCAAGUUUAUUAUGGAAUAAUCGCCCAAAUAAUUAACUGGUAGAAGUGUAGCAUAUUUGUAAUUAAGUGAAUGGUUGAAUGGUUAAAGGUACAACAUAAUAAUACAAAUCAUGUUUUAACUUUUGAACGCUUAAGCAAUCCCGAGGUACGACUAGAUUUUAUAUACACUCUUUUCUCUAUACGAUCUAUUUUCUAUGUAUGAAUCACAAUUCAGGGAAAGAUUGCUCAGCAACAUCGCAUCGCCACUGGGGAAGAGUGUAAAGUAACGCUGGCAUUGAGAUCAGUUUAUGCGUUUUUAUACACACGUGUUUUUUAUAGUAAAAAAAAAGGGGAAAACUGUGAGAUCGUGAGACUGUAAUCGUGAUUUGCAAAUUAUUAUAACGAAAAGUUCCGUUCGCCGUCGUACGCUUAAGAUAUGACGAUUAUGGUCUGUAAAAAAAAAAUCGAUGUUGUGGCUUGCUUUCUAAUACAGAAUCCGCAAUACGGGCAGCUACACUGCGUUGCAAAGUGUACACGAAUUUCUUACACAGCCGUAUAGCCGGUCAUUUACGAAUGACGUACCGCGACCUAUAGCACACCAAGGCACUUCUAAACGAAAAUGCAACUGUGAAAGUAGCAUCCACGCUAAGCGAUACGAACAUUAAAGAGAUAAUCCAUAUUGUUCUUGCUACCCGAAUGCCCGGGUAGGUGUUCCAAUCGACCGCGAGCAUGCUUAUGCAGAUUUGGCAUAGCUGAAGAAUCAAACUCAAAGAGCGAUAAGAAUUGUGUCUAUUGUAUUCAAGAAUCAUCGAUAAGUAAAUAACGAAAUAACAGCGCAAACCGUUAUUUCGAAUGACAUUUACGUAAACGUCCGGAGUUAUGUAAGAGCCCGAUCGCUCGUAGGAUAAAUUUAUAACAAGUCUACAAGAGGAGUUUCUGCCUACCCGUGUUCUUUUUUAAAUUCGCAUGACAAGAACACCGAAUCGGAUUUCAUUAACAUACGAGACAAACGCAGGCGAUUAUCUCGAUCUAAGGAUAUAAGAAGUGUACAUACAUUUAAAGCGUAUCGUUCCCCAUUUGUCAAGUGUUAUUAAUGGGUAUACAGGAAAUUUUUAGUUUUGGACAUUAAAGAGUCGUCAUUCUCGCGCUCUGCGUUUGUAGAAAAAUUUGCUGAGCUUUUCUCCCUUUUAUUCACAUUCUUGCCUAUACAAUGUGUAACGCUUUGAUAUUACAUAAUGAUAUUAUUUAUUUCGCAAUAUGUACCCGUUUAUACAGGCUGUACUAAAACCACCGGGUAUCCUUUUAAUCGCAGAUUCCUUAGAAAAUUUCAAGAGGAAAAUU